UUCCUGGGAAUGGGUCGGCGGUACUUCUGCGACUAUUGUGAUCGGUCUUUCCAGGACAAUCUACACAACCGCAAGAAACAUCUGAACGGCGUCCAACACCAAAGGAGCAAGAAGGUCUGGUACGACCUGUUCAGAGAUGCUUCAGAGAUCCUUGCAGAAGAAGGAUCUAAGAAACUAUGCAGACGCUUUCUUCAGAGAGGUCAGUGUGAUUUUGGUAAUUCCUGCCGUUUCUCACAUAUGACUGCAGAAGACGUGGAAGCCCUAAAGGCUCGUGUGGAAGCAGAGAGAAGGCUGAGAGAAGAACUAAGUAAGCAGAUCCCUCCUUGUAAUGUAGAGUCUUGGUUGGAAGAGAGAGCAAAGAAAGAAAGCACACGUAAUGACAGUGCCUCUGCAUCAGAGUGUCCUGUCUAUCAUUUACCACCAGGAUGGCCUCCACUAUGUGAUCUACCCCCAUCACUCCACCCCCCCACACCUGCAGAGGUGGGUCACCCAGGAGACCUUGAAUGGGGCUAAUUCAGAGGAUCCUUAAGAUUUGGAUGAUCAGCAGAUGAUUAAUGCCAAAGCAUAUUUUCUGGUGAAGAUGGAGUUCACUGUAACUGUGAUGCAACAUACUUGAAGAGCAGAUGUACGGCAAUUGAUCAGAUGCAAGAAAAAUGUAUUCCUGGGUCAUGAAUAUCAUCAGAUUGUGGAUAAUCUGCUGCAAUACAAAUUCAUGAGCCACUUCUACCUGAACAUCACUUCAGCUGAAGCUGACUUCUACUAACUGAGGCUGCUAAAGCGAUGUGUGAGCAGGGUUCGGGAUCACUAAAAAAUCUAACUAUUUUCUUGUUUAGUGUUUGUUAUUUUUUACCUUUAUCUAACAUAUAUUGGCCUGGACAAAGAUGCAACUUUGGGAGGGCUGGUUUUGUUAUUCUAAUGGUCAAUUCAAUUAAAACAAUACCCAUAUUGAAAUAGUUUUCUAUUAUUGUACAACUGAAAAACUUUUUGGCCAAAAUGCUUUGUGAUCUAUAGUUUUUCAUUGGUACUAUUUUUGUUUUGAAGGACUGUUUU